ACUCUGGAUAGAAAGGUAGAACGUAUGAUGUCAUUUCAAUCACGCUCAGUGUUACUUCAGAUGUGAGUGGGGGAUGUUGUGCGCCGCUUACGCUGGGCCUUAUCUACGCCACCAUCACCACGGGGACACAGGAAUGGCGUGUGGCAGCGUGUUUGCGUCUGACCCAGGGAUCGCAGGCCGUGACCUCACCCCGCCCGCUGACCUGACCCCGCCCCUCGCCAGAUCCUACAGGGUGGGCGGGGAGGUGCACGAGGCCGUCAGGUUCCUCCAGGCAGAACACGAGGCGGUGCUGCGAGGCGUCCACUCCCAGAUGGCUCUCCUGCAGCAGCGAUGUGAAGAUCUGGAGUUCGAGUUGCACCUGCGGCCACUGACGGUGGACGAGGGUGCAUGGCGGAGGCGCGUCGCGGAGGUCACGCUCCGUGCUGAGGAAGGGGCGGCCCGCGUGGUGGAGCUGGAGGGGCAGGUGGCGGCCGGGGAGGAGCAGCUGGAGCAGCACCGCUGGCGGGAGGCAACACUGCGGCAACAGGUAGAAGCUGGGGAGCAGCGAGCAGACCUGCGCACCGAGGUUAACAAGCUGCGGGCACAGGUGCGGGAUCUGCGGGUGUAUAGCUCUGCCCUACGCACCGCGCCACGCUCAGCCACACGCACGCUACGCCCUGCCUCCAGGGUGUCGCUGGGCUCCCAGGAGUCCCUGGAGAGCGGCGCCCCGCGCAGCCUGGGCUCCGAAGACAGUGAAGUGGGGGGCUGGUGGCGGGAGGCUCGGCUUGGGGGCAGCGGGGCACGCGGUCAGCGCUCUGGGACAGCGCCCCCGCCCCGUUCCACCGCCACCUCCCUGCCUCCUUCGCUGCACUCCCCGCCCUCCUCCCUGCCGCCCCUGGCGUCUCUGCCUCCGGCGCGGCCUUCCUCGGGGGCUGUGUUGCUGCCGCCCAUUGAGACGGGGCACGGCGGGGCUACGCGACACGUGCGCCGCCAGAUUAGACUGACAUCAGCCCCCACCCCUGCGCCCCGCAUGGCCCGCGUGCCGCAGCGCGAGCCCUCAUGACCCUUGCGGGCCUCCUCUGUCCCCCCCACUUCAACCGGACCCUCACUACGCCCGGCCACGCAACUCUCGUGGCUCGCCGACCCCCCAUAGAUGCUGAUUUUUCCACUCCACUCCCCACCCCCGGACCCCAUGCAAACCCUGAGGGGCUGCCACCACCUACCCACUAGUCCAUCCACUCUGGGGUGACGCACGCCCCAAAGGUUUGCUGUGUGUGUGUGUGUGUGUGUGUGUGUGUGUGUGUGUGUGUGUGUGUGUGUACUUGUGCGCGUUGGAAGACAACCAUUUAUAUAUAGAGAGUGUAAUGUAUACAUAUCAUAUCCAUUGUUCCUGGUCGUGGAGCCAAUCCCUCUCCUUAGCUCUUCCCCCUGUACAUUCUAGAAGAGUGGGGGAGGGGAGGGGGGAGCUCAUUUUGUACUUUUGCGACCGUAAUAAAAGACCAGAUUAU